AUGUGCGACACGAAGUCAUUGAUGUGCGAUGAUGUUCGUUCUGCGCUGGCAAACGUCUUUGGCGGGCAAAGUGUUACUAUGAAGAGGAAGCCGAUCCGAAACCUGAUUGACAAAAACAGGCCUCAAGCAGAAGAAGUCAUCCACAAAUAUGGGUAUGACAAGGUCGUCAGGGUAGUCAUGGAGCUGCUAAAAGCCAAGGCAUUUCCGGCCGUUCAUGGGGGAACAACAGGGGGCUCUUUAGAAGAGAAAGAAGCCGCAAGUACAGGAGAUUGUUGGUCAAUUCCAACAGCGGAUCAGAAUGUAAAUCGAUGUCAGCAGUGCCGGAGUUCAUCACCAAGCAAAGGCGCAACCAAAGCUGACCUUCAACCUUUGGACAAGGACAGAGAGCAAGACGAUGCAUCCAGCUGUUUAAUCAAGUUGCCAUUUCAGGCACAAUACGAACUCAUGACACAGCUGCAGACGGCGAUGGAACACUGUUGUUUCUACUUUUCACAAAAGUAUCUGCCUGACGUCCUGGAGAAUCGCGGGUGGGAUUGCCCUGCUGCUACAACGCUAGAUCGCUGGAUGGAAGCGAUUGGGUCCUCUAAGCUCUUUGUUGCCUCACAUAAAUCAGGCUGCCAGUCGACAACCGCGAUUGGCGAAAUACUUCGGUCGACAGCGCAUAUACGCGAGGUCACAAUACAUCGCGCUGGCAUAUCAACAGAAAGGUUGCGGAAAUGCCUUGAAAGUGCCAUAGCUUUAGCAGAAGUGCUCGGGCAAGAUCAGCAAAGUCAACAGCAACCGGAACUCCGUUCCCUCGCAGCGCAAGUCAGGUCUAGCAUUCAAGACCUUGAGGACUGGGAUUUGGAACAGCAGCUGUUUCUAGACGUUGAAAGGUCCAAUAUAGCGAAACAGCGAGCAAAGCUCGAUGAGUUAGAAGCAGCCGCUCUCAAAAAAGCAAACCAUCAAAUUGAAGAGUAUCAGUACGAGGUCGGCGCACGAGUGCAAGAGGCGGUGCGAAACUUUAGAGAUGCUUUCCCGGCCAUACCGAGAAAUACAGGCGGGACAGAGGAUCGGGCUGAAAAGGCGAAUAGUGCAGAAAGGCGAUCUGACAACGACGAAUAUCUGGACUUUUUGCUAGAUGCAAACUUCGAGGCCAAUCCGAUAGUUCCAAGAAUUGUGCUCGAAAGAGCUGUGCCAAACAGUCAGUAUGUGGGGAUACGGCGAUGCUUAUGA